AUGGCGGGAGACUGUGUGGUAUGGAGAACCUGCCUGGUAACCUGCCCUCACCCUCCACUGCCCUCACCCUCCACUGCUCUCACCCUCCACUGCCCUCACCCUCCACUGCUCUCACCCUCCACUGCCCUCACCCUCCACUGCCCUCACCCUCCACUGCUCUCACCCUCCACUGCCCUCACCCUCCACUGCUCUCACCCUCCACUGCUCUCACCCUCCACUGCCCUCACCCUCCACUGCCCUCACCCUCCACUGCUCUCACCCUCCACUGCCCUCACCCUCCACUGCCCUCACCCUCCACUGCUCUCACCCUCCACUGCCCUCACCCUCCACUGCUCUCACCCUCCACUGCGCUCACCCUCCACUGCCCUCACCCUCCACUGCUCUCACCCUCCACUGCCCUCACCCUCCACUGCCCUCACCCUCCACUGCUCUCACCCUCCACUGCCCUCACCCUCCACUGCUCUCACCCUUCACUGCUCUCACCCUCCACUGCCCUCACCCUCCACUGCUCUCACCCUCCACUGCUCUCACCCUCCACUGCUCUCACCCUCCACUGCUCUCACCCUCCACUGCUCUCACCCUCCACUACUCUCACCCUCCACUGCUCCACCUGGGACACCUCUGUGGACCGGUGUAUGUCUGAGCAGAGUACGGCUACAGGAGGCGUGA